AUGUAUUGAAAGCGGAAAGCGUCAGCAGUACACAGAUUAAGUUUGGGGUGAAAGGUGAAAAUGGCUUUGGUUUUGAACGCGACAAAGGAGUUUUGCACAGACAGAAUUAACCCAGACAGUGGAGGUACGGUAACCGACAAUAGUGAACCAUUUUCGCAGCAGGAUUCAGUAUCCGACAGGGAAUCAGGAACUUACAAAUGCAGUUUUUGUUCCAGUAACUUUUCGUCAUUAUAUCACCUACAGUGCCAUCAUGUGUACAAACACUCGUCAAUAAUGAAUCAUGGUAACAAAGUGCAUAAUAUUCAACCUGACUCUCAGCCAUUAGACUUAAAAAUGGCAGCAUUUAAUUCCCAACGAGUGGGUUAUGACUCUACACAUUUCAUGGAAAAGCCUGUUGUAUCAGAAUCUGGUGCCUUAGAUCUUUCGACUGUCAGAAACAGGGUAGUACCCGAACCUAAGCCAGAAUAUAAUCAAGUUUCGUCAAGUGUCAAUAACGAUGUCGUUGAAUCCGAUAAUGAAGAUAGUGAUAAGUUAGUUAUAGAUACACAACAUGAAAAUACUCCAGAAAAUGAUCAUGAUGAAGUAUCUAGAACCAAGCAAUCAAAUCCUCCGCUGUCUCAUCACGUUGAAAAUGGAAAGCAAAACUCAUAUAAUGGCACUUACAACUCUCAAUCAGCACAUAACAAAUGUGAAACACAACAUUCAUCAAUCGGUCCAGAAAAUUAUACUGAAAUGAGGACUUAUGAUAAGGUUCCAUCCAGUGAAAGGCAACCAUUAGACUUCAGGUCCAAAUCCCCACAAAGAAAUAAUACUCAUUUUGCCGAACUUUCUAAACCAGGUGACACUAGUGGUUAUCCACCAUAUUAUAACUCACCAAUGGAUAAUCAAUCCUUAUUGAACAUGAUUCCACCAAUGCCAAACAUGGGGAUGCUGGGUAAUUUUCCAGUGCCAUUCGGAUUCUCUCCUUAUAUGAUGAUGCCACCGAAUUCUUUCAUGCCACCUGCUACUAUUAGUGGUAUGUCUGAAGGUAGAUUUCCACUACCUAUUGACUCUUUCCCGAAUUCCAUGAAUCCUACACUGCCUUACAACCCUAACUUAAACUUACAACACAGUAAAGUGGGACCAGUAAGGAGAAAUUCUGGAAGUAAGUCUAGAUCAACAUCCAGAAAUAGCGAAAAUACUAGUAAACAAAAGGACGUUGUUGAAAUCUACGAGUGUAAAACAUGUAGCAGAAAGUUUUCACAAGUUGGAAAUUUCCACAACCACAUGAAAACUCACGAAUCUAAAGUAUGUUCAUGUGGAAUUUGUGACAAGGAAUUUAGUGAUAGCUACGAACUUCAAAGACACAUGAGAAAUACUCAUACAGGAAGUAUGCCAUAUAAAUGUGAGCAGUGUGACCGUGAAUUUAGUCAAUAUAACAAUUUACGUCGUCAUCUUCGUGUUCAUAAUGGUAAAAAUUACAAGUGUCAUCUGUGUGGUCGCUCAUUCAAUGAAGUUUUUUAUUUAGAGAUGCACAUGGGCUCACAUACUGGUGAGAGGACAUACAAAUGUGGAGUGUGUAACACAGCAUUUAGUGACAACGCAGAAUUACAAAAACAUGUUAAAACACAUAGUGCUGAGGAAUUACAUACAUGUGAUGUGUGUGGUAAGUCAUUCAGUAAAGCCUGUGUGUUACGUCAACAUAAGAAAAUGCACAGCGGAAUUCGUCCUUUUAAAUGUGAAGUUUGUGACAAGUCAUUCAUACAUCGUCAUCAUCUGACUAUUCAUUCUCGUAUGCACAGCACAAACAAGCCAUACAUUUGUAAAAUAUGCAAGAAGGAAUUUGCCCAGACAAGUCAUUUAUACAAACAUAUUCGUCAGCACACAGAGCAACCGGGUGUUACAGAAGCAAUGAUACACGAAUCGUUAGCGCCGAUACUUGAUAAAUUAAAACAAUCUGGUGAUUCUCCAAUAUCCUCACCAUCCAUUGAUUCCAGUGAUGAGAAAAUAUCAGAUGCUGUUAACAACAACAUCAAAAGAGGAAAGGACUCAUUGGAGGAAGUUCAUUCAGGGGAAGUAACUGUUGAAAAUGAAAUGCAAUUAUCUGAAAGCUCAAUGCUGGAGGGACCUGGUGCAGAAGUGGAGGAUGUUUCAGAGGAGGAAUCAGAACUUUCAAGCUCUGUAGGGGAAAAGACACUAAAACGUGUACAAGAAUUACCGGUUAACAAAGAGCAGAAGAAUAUUAAAUCCAUUGGAAGUAAAUUGUGUGAACAGAAAAUAAAUCAGACGGAACCCCUACAAAUGUUGCAACCAACACCUUUAGACGUCACAGAGAUCGUGGAGAAGAGUCUUAAAGAAGUUGAAAAUUUAUUUCAUCAACACAAACAGUACACAGAAGAGGUAAAUACUCACGAUAAUUUACACGAUAAGAAGUCAGAAAGUUGUGAAUCUGAUGAUAAUGCUUCAGACAAAACUAGCUUCUCGUUAGCCUCAUCCUUGUCAGAGAGACGAUAUCUCAAUAGUCCUAACUCUGGCAUACCCUAUGAUGAACAAUGCUUAAAGGAGAGUUCUCUACCCAGAAUUCCAGAUUAUGCUCCUCCAUAUGAUGAAAAUAACUCUGUUAAUCAAGACCAUAAUGAAGAGAAGAAACUUAAUACCAGUUACCAUGGUGACAAAGUACAAGAGAAGUGUAAUGACAGAUAUUCUCCCAUAAGUCAGUCUGGUGAUUCACUGAGUGAAGGUGACUACCGAUCGAGGAGUAAUUCUGCUUCUGAAAAUCUGGAGCCUAAUAAUAAGCUUACAUCUUCAGCAUUAUCACCAAGAAUAGUGUCGUCUGAAAACAUAUUGAAGGAACAACUCAUUCCUAAAGAUAAUUGCCUAGUAGAAGAGACAAAAGUGGAAAUUGUGAUGCCACCAAAGAAAAGAAAAAGAUACGCAUCCCGUCAGAAAAAGAAAUCUCAAGAUACCGUGGAAAUGAUAGAAGAACAGUCAGCCGACCAAUCAAAAUAUCCUCAGAUGAUACAGCCAAUGGCAGCAGAGGCUCAACAGAUGUAUUUUCUUCAACUCCAGCAAAUGCAGAUGGCGCUAGCUGCAAAUGUCAUGGCUGCACAAGGAAUGAUGAUGCACAGUGCUUCCGAACAGAUGAAAAACCAGAGAGGUAUUCCAAAUGGAUACCAACAUAAUUCAGACUCAAAUGAUCUCCCUUUAGUUAGGCAGACUCCAUCAGGAACUCCAUUGAAAACUAGUCUUCCAUUUCCAUUUAACAUAACCAAAGACAGUGGGCCUCUUGAUUACCCAAGAGGAAGCCCAAUUCAAAAUGGCAGCAUAAUGAAUCAUUCCAUUGCAAAAGCCGGUUAUUUAUAAUUUAUUUUUUAUAUUGUUUACAUUUUAAAAUGUUGAAAUUGAUUUUUGGUGUUUUUGCCAUUAUAAAUGAGUAUUGCAUAUAUAAUUUUUUCAACUGUUGAAUGUUAUAAUAUUGUUAUAGUUAGGAUUUCAGGUGUUUUUCAGUUAUUCCUGAUACAUGACAUACUUAAGUAAUUUAAAUUUUAACCUUCUUUUUCAAUUCAGAGUUCAAAGAUUUAUGAUCCAAAAUACUGAAAAUAACAGCUGAUGGCUGCACAUAUAUAUUUUGUAUUUAUAUAAACAUGGGUUAAAAGUAUAUUUUUUAAUUUUUUUUAUAAUAUGAUAAUACAAAGAUAAAUUAACAAGCAUAGAAUCAGUCAGGCCCCAGCACCCCCACCAGACGCAACUGAUUUUUUUUUUUUUUUUUAAAUUAGAAAAUAAUAAUUAAAUAUUUUUGAUUACUUUUUGUUAUCAUGGUUAUAAAGGUAAAAUAACUAAACCAGUGUUUAUAAAAUUUGAAAUUUCAGGGGGUGCAACUCUAUAUUUCUUUAUGAUAAAAGGUUCCAUUAUAAUGAAAAUGUAUGGCCAAUUUUAGAUUUGACUAUAUUUCAAAUGUAAUUUCUUCACUGAAAUUCUCUCAUCUGCUUGUCAGCUUAAGUUCUUUUUUCUUUACUAUCUUCAAAGUAAUGAUCUAUUUUAAAUGAUUUUGAUAAAAAAUUUGGAAGAUAAUUGCAAUUUGAUUACCGAUUUAUUAGCAAGGGCAUAAUAUUUGAGACCAAAGAUGGUUCUUGAUCUACAGUGACACAGAACAACUUUUUUCAAUUAGAAAAGGAAAGAUAUCAAUCCACAUGGGAACAAUCUUUGAUUAUAAUGGAAAAAAAUUAGUAAGGGAGACAAAUGAAAACAAGAAUUGGCAAUUAAAAAAAAAAAUAAAAACAACUAAAAUAUAUUAUUAAAAGAUUGUUAAUAUAACAUGUAUAAUUAAGAAAAUCACUAAAAUCAAUUUUUUACCAAAUAUCUGAAUUAAGUUACAUUCCAGACUGAUUUUUUGUCAGAAGUUGUCUUGGUCCUAAAUAAAACUUUUACACUCUUACACUCCGACCACCUGAAUUUUAUAAAGUUCUAUUAACAGCAAAUAGAAAAGGUCCAUUUAAAAUAUUAAGCAUAGUAUGUUUAGAUUAGAUUGUAAAUAAAUGUAAAUAUUAAUCUUGUACUCUUUUUUGCAUAGAAAAACAGCAAUAGCAAAAUAGUUUACAGAAGCUCUCUUUUAUAAGGGGAGAUAAUAUGAAAUAAUACCAAAGAUAGAUAAUCCACUCCAGAUUAUGUGAGGUAUAAUUUAUAAUUAUAAUAUAUCAAUAAGAUAUUGAAUGAAAUUUUUGUAUCGUUUAGAAGACUUAGGUCAAGAAAAAAAGAUACUGCUGUUUCCGCUAACAUAUGAUACUGUGAAAAAUGAGUUGUGGUAGGGAAUCAUAUUUCUUUUCCACUUUUUACAGGGUACAAUCUGACUUUAAUGUUAAAGUGCUUUUUUGAAUGGCCAAACUCUCUUAGAAUAGGCACUUAAAUUUCAGUAAGCUGGGUUAGCGGAAACACAUGUAUUUUAUUAGGACUUGGUGUGUCCAAACAUUUUUGUGAAGUAUUGCCAUAUUAGACUGUGCCAUAUCAAAUUGAGGUUCCAAAGAAUAUUACAUGUGUUCAAAUUUAUUUGCUCAAAUUAUUGACUGCUAUUCAUGAUUGUCCAUCAAAUUUGCUCAAGUUUUCGUUGUAUUCAUAUGAAUAAUCAUUAAUUACAAAUGUACAUGUUUAAUAUUAAAUGCCAUUCCUGGUAUAGCAUUUAAUGAUUGUUAAUUUUGCAUUGAAAAUAGUGUUCGUAAUCCAGAGUUAAACUAUGCAUUUUUUAUUUAUUUUUACAAGAAUCACUCAUAAAAUAGUUAUCAUUUAAAUUCAUCUCAUCAUUAAUAUGAUUAAUAUCACAAAUUAUAUAUAUUUUUGAGAAAAAGCAUUUCAGUCAUUAAGUAGAAUGAAAGUAGGUCAUAUGCAGGGAUUUGAUAUCAUUAAUUUGUCAGGUUUUUAUGUAUAUGCAUUUUCUUUAAUAAAUGCAGAAUUAUUUGUGUUAGAAAAUAAGUGAGGUCUUGCAGUAUUUUGUUGUUAAUGUACCAAGAAGUACUGACUAAUGUUAUAGCCAGAGUAGCUUAAUAUGGUGUUAAACACCCACAAACAAACAUGAAACAACCACAAUAUAAAACAAGGACAGUUUCAUAAUUAGGGUAGAUUAUGUCUCACUGCACAGCUAAUAAUUAGAAUAAAAUUGAAAAUUAAAAAUUAACAGUAAUUUAUAAAAAAAUCCCAAUUUUGUCAGUGCAUACUCCUGAUUUAAUGUCGAGGACAAAUAGACGUCUCAUUGUUUUAUAUUUGUAUGUCUUUCAAGAACUUUGUUCAUUCCGCUGAGGUAACGGUACCGCUAGUGUAGGAUUAAUGUCUGUGUGUUUGUCCUGAUGUACAUGUGUAUUUGUCCUGAUGUACAUGUGUAUUUGUCUUGAUGUACAUGUGUAUUUGUCAAGUUGAACAUUUGUGUGUAUGGCAAGUUGUAAAUAAGCAGUUUAUUUGUAUUUAUUUUCACAUGAGGUAAUGAUAUUGUUAUUAACAAGUUUAUAAUUAUUGGUUUGAAAAGACUUUUUAGCUUGUAAAUCAGGGUUAGAUAUGUUAGUACAUAUCGUCUGUUAUGGUUUGCAUAAAAAAGAUGCACCUUGACAUUACAUGAUAAUAUAUUUUUCUCUAAAAAUGUGGAAAGAGAUGAUUUUUUAAUAACUUAUCAAAUUUAUUCAUAAAACAGAAGCCCUGGGGCUCUUUUCACAAAAAAAAUCAUACGACACAAAUUGAUCAUAAAUUAUACUGAAAUGUUCAUGAAUACUCUUGUAAGAUUGUUUGUGAAAUGAGUCCCAGGACAUAAAGAAAAACAAUCAAUCAAUAAUAAAAAAAUAUAAAUACUAUUGAUAUGAAGAAAUGAUAUGUUUACAUUAGGAUUUUACAUGUUUGUUGUUAACUGAUUUUUUAUGAUUUAUGUAUUUUCACAUGCACAGAAAAUAAGGUACAUGUAUAUCCAAAGUAGUGAUUGGUGUCUUUUGAUUUUAAACAAUCAAUAAUUAUAUAACUUACAAUUUAAAUUUUCCAUCUGACAUUUAGUCCUUGAGAAUUGUCUUUUGCUGGUUGGGCAAUCAUUUUACCAGUUUGAUCAUCAGACUGUGGUCCUUCACAAACUCAGUGUAUACCAAUGAAGAGGGUUGACAUUCUUUUAAAAAAUUUGGCCUUAGAAAGAACUAAAGUGAGUUUGUGACUCUUGUUCUCAUGAAAAUCUCUCUGGACUCAUCAUCAUGGAGUCCAGAGAUGCAUCAAAAUUUCUUUUUUAAUGUUGAACUCACCAUGGUAAAAAAUUACGAGUCACUGGUCUCGCCUUCUAAAAUUCUUAAGUGAUGUAAAUGUAGUCACACGAGAUACUGAAUCAAGCUCUAUUGUACAAUAGAUGUAUAUAUGAUUGUGUGUGGAUGUCUGUAGGGAUAGGGGGGUAAAUUGGGGUGUGGAUUGAACACUCAUUUUCUGCUGUUAUUGUGGUAGUAUGAAAUACACAAAUUUGUUUUGAAGAUUUAGGUAAAUAUAUGUAAUUUUGUUGAUAUAGAAUACAGUACUUUUGAAAUCAGUCCUAAAAAGUGCAGGAUUAAAAAAGAAUUAAGAAUUUAAAAUCUAAUCUAAUACAGGUCUUUAUUCUAAAAUUUGGCACAUUUAUAUGCAUCAAGACCAGAUCAAGGGAGGUAACAAAAAAUUAUCUCGAUUUGGAUUUUUCUGAUAUCUGUACUUUAAUUAUUGAUAAAUAAUUUUACCCUUUGUUCUUCCGUUAUUGUUUUGGCAUUUAAAACCAUAACAACAAAGUUACAUAUUGAUAUAGUUUUGUAGACUGUUUUACACUGUUUUAAAUAGUGUUACAUUGUACUCAUGUUUCAUAACUCAUUAUUAUUAUUUUCAUUCAUUACAAAAUGAUUCAUAAAAAUUAUUCUUGAAAUAUUGGCUCUUGCAGACAGUUUAUAAAUGGUUUAUUUUAUAUAUUUUUUACCUUAAGUAACAAUUGUUUGAUUUUCAUAGUGGAUAAAUUGAGACCAAUGUCCACAUGAAUUUUUCAAACCUUAUCUUAGUUCUAUUUCUUGGAUUUUUUUGGGUUUGUUUUACAUUUUUUUGUUUUCCUUCUUUUGAACAUGUUGAAUACUAAAAUUAGUUAGAUGAUUAGAACUACAUUUUAUAAAUUUAUUCUAAAAAAACAAAAUUUUAAAAGAAAUCUUUAUGUAAGCGAUCAUAAAAACCGAUUUCUUCAAUGAUUUAUUUUAUGAAGUGCCUUUAUUAAAAUACCAAUGUUGUCAACCAAAAUUUAACUGCAAGCUUUUUGCUGCAGUGGUGCAAUACAUAUCAAUAAAACGUUUUGUUGA